AUGGCAGAAAUAUGAAGUAUUCCAAAAAAACCAAUACACAAAGACAAAACAAAUUCUUUAUAUUUCUCUUUUCUCUCACUCUCUAAUAUGAGCUCCAACGACGGUUCAUCGGAAUUCAGUCGUUAUUCAUAUGGAAUUGGAGUCUCGGUGGGGAUAAUUCUCAUCAUAGUUGUGAUAACUCUUCUUUCCCACUUCUGCAAUCGAAGAAGUACAGCUCCUUUACCUUCAGACAAUCCAUCUUCUACUACCAGCAACUCUCUAACAAAUGUCACCACUCAACCCGACGACGAAUCAAUCACCACCGGCCUCGACGACGCCACUCUCCGGAGCUUUCCGAAGCUGCUCUAUGCUCAUGCCAAGCUACACAAAGACAAAUCCACGGCUUCAUGCUGCUGUUCCGUCUGCUUGGCGGAUUACAAGGACAAGGAUAUGUUGAGGCUGCUUCCCGACUGUGGCCACCUCUUCCAUCUCAAGUGUGUCGACCCUUGGCUGCGCCUGAAUCCGACGUGCCCUAUCUGCCGGAAUUCGCCUCUUCCCACCCCUUUGGCUGAGGUUGCUCCCUUGGCGGCUAGGCUGGAUCGAAUGGUUUGAUACAGAGAUGGAUGGUGAUAGUGGCCAAACAUUUCUACACUACCUUAUGUUCAUCCAUGAUCAUAAGGUUAAUUUGGAUCUUAUAAUAUUUAUUUUUUUUCUUUAUGUUGUGAUUCUCGUCAAUGCAGGAUUUGCUUAGACU